GGGAGCCAACCAGAAAUAGGCGACAAACGAUUGGCAACAUAUUUCACCUCCCAUGACUCGCCGGAGUCAUCGUCCCCAGCAGUCCAUUCAUACCGCUGCAAGCACUGCUCGCUUGAAAAUGGGAGACUGGAACUUCCUUGGUGGGAUCUUGGAGGAGGUGCAUAUCCACUCCACCAUGGUCGGCAAGAUCUGGCUGACCAUUCUCUUCAUCUUCCGGAUGUUGGUGCUGGGCGUUGCCGCAGAGGACGUGUGGAACGACGAGCAGUCGGACUUCAUCUGCAAUACCGAGCAGCCCGGCUGCCGCAACGUCUGCUAUGACCAGGCCUUCCCCAUCUCUCUCAUUCGCUACUGGGUGCUCCAGGUCAUCUUCGUGUCCUCCCCAUCGCUGGUGUACAUGGGUCACGCCAUCUACCAGCUGCGGGCCCUGGAGAAGGAGCGCCACUGCAAGAAGGUGGCCCUGCGCCGGGAGCUGGAGUCGGUGGACGUGGAACUGAUGGAGGUGCGGAAGCGGAUCGAACGAGAAAUGAAGCAGCUGGAGCAGGGGAAGCUCAACAAGGCACCGCUGAGGGGCUCACUGCUACGCACAUAUGUGGCCCACAUCAUAACCCGCUCAUUGGUGGAGGUGGGCUUCAUGACGGGCCAGUUUGUUCUUUACGGACACCACCUGAAUCCCCUUUACAAGUGUGAGAGGGAGCCCUGCCCAAAUAUGGUCGACUGCUUUGUGUCCAGGCCCACAGAGAAAACGGUCUUCAUGAUUUUCAUGCAGGCCAUUGCCUGCAUCUCCCUUUCCCUCAGCCUACUUGAAAUCAUGCACUUGAGCUACAAGAACCUUAAGAUGGGCAUCCUGGAUUUCUACCCGCAUCUCAAGGAUGACUUCGAUGAUUACUAUGUCAGGAAGUCCAAGAAAAACUCCGUUGUGCAUCAGGCGUACAUGGGCACAUCAGUGGGCCGCAAAGCUACCAUUCCCACAGCACCAAGUGGAUACACAUUACUGCUGGAAAGGCAGGGCAACGGCCCCACAUACCCACUUCUCAACGCCUCGUCUGCCUUCGUACCAAUACAGGGGGGGCCCGGUGCGAAGCCAGGCUCAGACGGCCGCAAGGAGACUAUGCCGAGCCCCACUGAGCGCAACAGCAACUCCAACAACACAAGCAGUGAGACGCGCUCCCCGCCGGUCGACAAACAGGACGAGCCGGAGGACCCGGCCCAUCACCAGGGCCUGGAGUGUGGGAGGUCCGAGUACCCCACCCUCCCCGCAGCAGACACCUCCUCAUGCCCAACCCUGUCAGGAGUUGCACGGAAGUCGCGGAUGGUGAGUCCACCCUGGAACUGCUCCACAGUGGUGGAGGGGAACGGGUCGGACAGCGGGGACUCCUAUGCUGGGAACGUUAGCGUGAAGCCACGGAGCAGCUUAGUCAGCCCACGACCGAGGACGCUCUCUAAAUCGGACCCCAAGAGAAUGAGCCGGUCCCAGAGUCCGGACUCGGCGGGGGAGCUGAGCUCGGCGUCGCGGCACAGCCGUGAGAGUAACAGCCCGACCGCCUCCUCGCCACACCGCCGGACAUCCGGGGCCAGCAGCGCCAGCAGCAGGCGCGCCCCGACCGACCUGCAGAUCUGACGGGGCUGAACGCUGUCAGCGGGCCGGUGACUGGACGACAGGCCACACAGACAAUACAAGAGGCCGCUCCAGUUGUUUCCAGCUUGUGCAAAAUAAAAUAAACAAA